AUGAAAAGACUCUAUAACGAAGUACGUGGGCUGAUUAAUUCGCAUGGUAGGCUAAAAUUCAUAUCGAUUCAUAGAUAUGUUUCAACGGGAAAUAGCCAAGAGCAGACUGUCAUUCAUCCACUAUUGUUAAAGCGGGCCGAUUUGUUUAAAACUGAACUCAAACAAAUUGGAGAUAAAAUGUCCUCCAGUGCGGCCUUCAAUAGCAGCGAAUCAAAGAAGCUUACGAGAAUUACACAAGUGGUUGAACUAUAUGAUCAAUUCAUGAAACAGUCCGACAAUAUCUCUGGACUAAAGGAAAUUUUGAGUGAACCAGAUCUGGAUGAAACUUUGAAAGAGGAGGCUGAACUUGAACUCAAAUUGAGUUACGAACAAAUGAUACAUACAUCGAAUAUGCUAAAAGCAAAACUGUUACCACCAGUCUUAUAUGCUGAUCGUCCGUGUUUGAUAGAGCUCCGCCCAGGGGCAGGUGGGCAUGAAGCAAACAUAUUCACAAACGACCUUUUGGAGAUGUACAUCAAAUUUUGUCAGAUCAACCAUUGGCCGUUUGAAAUUGUGUCCAAAAAUGAGCAUAUUUCAGGGAAAGGGAUUGUGGAGGCAACUCUGAUGAUAAAUGAGAAGGGAUCUUUUGAUAGGAUGAGGCACGAAGCCGGUGUCCACAGAGUUCAACGCGUGCCGGAGACAGAGAACAAAGGAAGAGUUCAUACAUCGGCAGCCGCUGUGAUUGUUUUGCCUAAAAUAGAAGCUGACAAAAGUGAUCCUGAGUAUAGAACGUUCAAAAGCGAUGAAUUACGAAUCGACGUAAUGAGAGCUAGCGGCUCAGGAGGCCAACAUGUUAACACAACGGAAUCUGCAGUUCGCAUCACCCACUUGCCGACUGGCAUAUCUGUUCACAUACAGGACGAAAGAUCACAGUUGCGAAACAAAGAGAAAGCAAUGCAAAUCCUGAGGGCCAGGCUUGCAGACCUUGAAAUGAGACGCCGAAUGGCUAGGGAAAGAGAACAACGAAAUGAACAGGUUUCUUCUGUGGAUAGAAGCGAUAAAAUAAGAACAUAUAAUUUUCCUCAAAGCCGUGUCACUGAUCAUCGAUGCAAUUUUACACUUUAUGAUCUUGAAGGUUGUUUGUCAGGAGAACGCCUAGGUGAAGUGAUCGAUAAUGUAGCUGGAAAGGAAACGAAUGACCGAAUAGCUGGACUCCUAUCUACAAUGGAGACAGACUCCUCGUUACAGUGUAUAUAG